GUUAUAUAUUUUUUAAUUUAUUUUCUUGUGUUAAAUAUAUGGAAUCUGGAUCUGAAUCUGGUGGGUCACGAGUCAUCUUUACCUCAUCAAUUACUGGACCAUUAACUGGAUAUGCAGGUUUAUCUGUUUAUGGUGCAACUAAAGCUGGACAACUAGGUUUCAUGAGAUCUGCUGCAGUAGAACUAGCUCAGCAUAACAUUACAGUCAAUGCAAUAGCUCCUGGUAAUGUUAUAACAGAAAAUUGGGGACAAGAACAAAUUGUUCUUGCCAAGAGCACACCUUUAAACAGAUUUGGUACACCUGAAGACAUGGGCAAUGCUGUUGCUUUUUUGGCAUCACCAGAAUCCUGCUAUAUUACUGGCCAGUGUAUUGUCAUUGAUGGCGGACAUACUUUACCUGAGUAAAAUUGGGUACAGAAAGUAUUUACUGAAAUAAAUUAAGCAAACCUUUGGUAUUCUGUAAAUUAACCUGUUCUUAAAGAGUUACAUUAAAACCUUGUUGUAAUAUCAUAUUAGAAAAGA